AUGGCGAUUGCCGACCUCUUUGGCCUCGGGAACGAGAGCAAGCUCGCCAAAGCGGCUGGCCAUGGCGAUGCCGCCACGGUCUCUGCGCUGCUCAAGCAAGGCGUGAGCCCCAACGCCACCAAGCUCGGCUACCCCGCGCUCUUCAACGCCGCGUGGGGCAAUAGCCUCGCGAUCGUGGAGAUGCUCAUCGAGGCCGGCGCCAACGUCAACCAGCGCGCCUGGUUUGGCACGACGCCACUUCUCGUCGCGACGGGCAAAGGCCACGCACGCAUCGUCCACGUUCUUAUAGCCGCCAACGCCUUUCUCAACAAGCGCGACAAGUGGGGCGGCACGGCGCUCUUCCUCGCGGCCGAGCGUGGCAGCCUGGAGAUGACGUCGUUGCUCAUUGCUGCCAAUGCCAACCUCAAUAAAUCCGACCACUAUGGCCGGUCGCCGACGUUGAUCGCGGCGCAGCACGGACACGCGGACGUCGUCGACGCCCUCGUCAACGCCCACGCCGACUACGACAAGCCCAAUCAUCACGGCGAGUCGCCACUCAUGGUGGCCGCACUGGCCAACCACAUCGACACGGUGGUGCUCUUGCUCAACGCAGGCGCAGACGUCAACCAAUGCAAUCGGCACGGCGAGUCGAUUCUGCUGCAAGCCGCGGGGAAAGGCCACGUCGUGAUCGUCGACCUCUUGCUGCGCGUCGGCGCCGCCAUCGACACGCGCAGUCUUAACGGCAGCUCGGCGCUCUUGGUGGCGAUCGCGGAGGGGCAUGUCGACGUCGUCCACCUCCUCGUCGACGCCGGGGCCGACGUCAACCAGUGCGACCAGAACGGCAUGUCGCCGCUGCUGCUGGCCACGUACCACGGGCAGCUCGAGGUCGCCCUCGCCCUCAUCAACGCCAGUGCCGACCCGCACAAGACCAACAACGCAGGACACACGCCGCUCAUGCGCGCUGCUGACCUCGGCCACCUCUCGAUCGUGCAACUGCUCGUUGCCGCCAACGCCGACACCAACUUGGAGAGCCUUACGGGCGACACGGCCCUCAUUUUUGCGGCAUUUCGAGGCCAAUUCGAAAUGGCGCAACACCUCGUGGCGGCCCAAGCCAACAUCAACCACUGCAACAAGGCGGGUGUGUCGGCCGUGAGCCUCGCGGCCGCCGGUGGUCACGUCAACAUCGUCCACUUGCUCAUCGCAGCGAACGCCGAUAUCAACAAAUGCGACUGCAGGGGCGAGACUCCGAUCUUCAAGGCCGCAAGGAAUGGCCACGCGCAGGUGGUGGAGCUGCUGCUUCUGGCUGGUGCCCAGAUCCACCAGCCGGACGAG